AUUCCAGAGAGGAUAGGAAACAUUGGUUUCGCUUUUCUAGUAAUUCCUUCAAUGAAAAACAUCUGAAGUAUUAUGUGUUAUUAUGUAUUUAGAAUCAUGCAAAAUAUUACAAGAAAUUAAUUGUCCCCUCAUUGCGGACUACCCCCUCAUUGCGGUUUAUAUAUAUAUAGCCUUUUUUGUGAUUGAUCAGUUGGACAUCAGCGGAUAUAGAGUCGUAUAUUCGACAACCAAUGUAAUGAUUAUUCAUUUAAUGGUGAUAUGGCUAUAUGUUUUUUUGGUAUUGGUGGAGAGCAUAGAGAUCAGAAAUGAAGGUGAUUUGCGCAGGAAUGUCCAAAUGCGGAACAAAGUCGAUGCAUGUUGCGUUGGAAGAACUGGGGUAUACAGUAUGUGACUUUCCCGACGCGUUUGUUCACUUUGUCAAGAAUUAUAUGACAUUCGCCAACAAAGGUUGGAAUUCUGAUGAAUUUAGAUCAAUGUAUGAAGAUUUCGAUGCGUGUGUGGCCAGUCCGGCAUAUUAUUUUUGGGAGGAAUUGGUGGAGGUGUUCCCAGAAGCAAAGGUUAUAUUGAUGGUGAGAGACAGUGAUGAAAUUUGGUACAAAAGUAUAAGGAAACAAAGGAUUGUUGGCACUGGCAAUGGAUUGCAUCGCUACUAUUAUCCCCUUUUUUCGACGAUUUGGAGAAAAUUUGCUGCAUAUUUGAAUAAUCCGUGUCUUAUCGCUUUUGGACAUAAAACAACCGGCAUAUUCAAUUUUCCCACGAAUCACACACCAGCAGCACUGCCUUUCAAGUUAGCUUAUAGAAAACAUAUUGCUCAUGUCACUCAUAGCUGUCCAAAAGAUAGACUUCUAAUAAUUCAAUGCAAAAGUGAUUGGAAACCGUUAUGUGAAUUUCUUGAUAAACCUAUACCAACAAAACCAUAUCCGUGGAUAAACAAGGAUGGUGAACUGGCGAAUAUACUGUGGAAAAUGCCUUUUUUAAAGCAAGCUCGAAGAGAAAUGUUAACAAAUGUCACUAUAUUAUCAGCUGGAAUUCUGUUGUUGGGAAUAUAUUUAGUAAGGAUUAAAUGAAUGACAUGCUUUAUUUUUUGCGAACAUUUGUUGGCGUGUUUAGCUUAAAUCAAUACAUAAACUUGAUCGUUGAUCUUUGACGCACAUACAGGAAUUAUUCAGACUCCACUAUAUUCAUUCUAAAUCUUUUCCCAAAAUUGUCUGUAAAGCAUAAGUCAUGUUUGCAGUGGGUCAUAAAACAGAAUACAUUUAAUUAUCAGUUCAUUUCUAAAAAUUCAAAUUGGAAAAUCUUACACUGGUACAUGACCAUUCUGCAUUAUUAUAUUUCAUAUAUUUUAGUAUUUUGAUUGUUUUAUAAUAUAUAUAAUCCCAAAACAAUAUAAAAUAUACAAAUAUAUUUUGUGUGUUAUAUAUCCUAAUUCAAGUAGUUUUAAGUGAUACAAAAUAACGAUUAUCUGAUACAGAAUUUUCUCACAAGGGAUCUUUGCCCAGACUAACGAACUUAGGUUAUUGUUUUCGACUGACGUACACUUUUUAACUAUGAUUCAUUAUACAGUUACGUUUUAACAGAGCUGAAUGAAAAUAUAGCAAUUCGUAGUUAAAAUUGUUGAAUGCAAUUAUUAAUUGAAUUUUAUAAUCAUUUUUUUUUAAAUAUGUUCUAAUAUUGUCUAAUUUGUCGGAUAUAAUCUUGCCUAUAAUAUUUGGAGAAAAUUUCAAAAAUUACGAA